GUGGGGGAUAAAUAUGUCAAUCAUGUCACUGGAAUAUGUUUAUGUCAAAGUUGUAAAUGGCAACUGGUUUCAUUCCCAAAAUGUGUGCUAAAAGUUUAAUAAUUUUGUGUAAUUUGUUAGUGAUGUGUUGUGGCUUUGUAAAUAUUAAGUGAAAAUAGUCCCGGGUCAGUUUAAAUAAGUGAGCAAAAUGGCUUCGGGUGAUACAAUAGAAACUAUCGAAGUUGUUGAACCUUCUUUAACAAUAAGUAUGAACAAUGCAAAGGAUUCAGGAGGACUACACGACUCCCUGGACGAGAGUGAAGAUAAGGACUCUUCACUACAAAGAGCGCUACAGGAUGCUGGUCAAAAACAGUCCUCAAAUGUGGCCAAAACGAAAGCCGAAAGGGAGAAGGAAAGGGAAAGGAAAAUCGGCCAUCGAAGGGUCGGCGUUGGUGGCGAAAUCACCUACAAAAAAAUCCAGACUAGUCAAAUUAUGGGUUCUAUACAACUAGGUAUUCAACAUGCCGUUGGAGGUCUAGCAUCAAAACCUGAACGUGAUUUAUUAAUGCAAGACUUUAUGACUGUUGAAACGACGAAUUUUCCAAGCGAAGGCUCCAAUCACACUCCAGCUCAUCAUUUUUCCGAGUUUAAAUUCAAAACUUACGCCCCUAUAGCUUUUAGAUAUUUCCGAGAUUUGUUCGGAAUACAACCUGACGAUUUUUUAAUGUCAAUGUGUGAUAGUCCCUUAAGAGAGUUGUCCAAUCCGGGAGCUAGCGGAUCGAUUUUUUAUUUGACUAGUGAUGAUGAAUUUAUUAUUAAGACUGUACAGCAUAAGGAGGGAGAGUUUUUGCAAAAAUUGUUACCCGGUUAUUAUAUGAAUUUGAAUCAAAACCCGCGCACGUUACUACCGAAAUUCUUCGGCUUGUACUGUUAUCAAUGUAAUAGCAAAAAUGUAAGACUGGUAAUUAUGAAUAAUCUGUUACCUAGCUCAGUAGUGAUGCAUCAAAAGUAUGAUCUCAAAGGAAGCACUUACAAAAGAAAGGCGUCUAAAGCGGAGAGUCAAAAGCGUUCCCCGACUUACAAAGAUCUGGAUUUUAUGGAACAUCAUCCUGAGGGUAUUUUAAUGGAAGCUGAUACGUAUAAUGCUUUAGUCAAGACGAUUCAACGCGAUUGUCGAGUGUUGGAAAGUUUUAAAAUUAUGGAUUAUAGUUUACUUUUAACGAUUCAUAACUUGGACCAGGCUCAGAGGGAGAAACAAGAACAAAGAUCUCGUAAUAAUCUGGAAGAAGUACCUGAAGAGGGUACUUUAUCUGAUCCCAGUGGUGCCCUACUUUAUAACGAAAGGGAAAGGGAGAAGGAGGACAGGAUCGGAGCUGCUGCUUUGAAUAGGAGUAGAUCAAUCAAUCGACAAAGACUGGUUGCGCAUUCCACUGCCAUGGAGAGCAUUCAAGCGGAAUCGGAGCCUAUAGAUGAGGAUGAGGAUGUUCCUCCUGGGGGCAUACCUGCAAGAAAUGCGAAAGGCGAGCGUUUGCUGCUGUUUAUCGGAAUAAUCGACAUCUUGCAGAGCUAUAGGCUAAAGAAGAAGUUGGAACACACUUGGAAGUCGAUGAUUCACGAUGGGGAUACGGUAUCGGUGCAUAGACCUAGUUUUUACGCUCAAAGGUUUCAAAAAUUCAUGGCUGAGAAAGUGUUCAAAAAGAUCCCUUCUCUGGACUUGCCCGAGAUUAAGGGCAAUCAUCGCAAGUUUCGCACACUGGUUACCAGCUAUAUAGCAUUAAAGCAUUCCCCUUCUAAAAGAAAAUCUUUGUCACGACCUCUUCGACCACACGAAGAAUCAGAUAACAACACUACUGUGCAGGCGCAGGUGAAUGCUAGCCAACAGAACGGAAGCAAAACCGUGAGUCCUACUGAAACGAUACCCGCCAAAAUAUCACCUCCUGCCUAUCCUUCUUCAGUGGGAACACCUCUCACUUCUCCUCCGGCCUCCUCGUAUCCUGCUGUUCUCGUAGGACGGUCAAGUACCGAAAGUAAGCCUAAAGUGCCCCCGCCAGUUCCUCCCCGAGGCACUCCCAAAGUAAAAAAAGGGGGCAACGUUAAUGGCAAAGGUGUAGCUCCAAGCUGCUGCAGUACUCCUCCACCAACCUUCGACGAAGUCCUCGAACAGAGAGCCUCUGCAUCCCUUGAAGGAGUUCCUUCUUCCACACCGGCCAGAGUUAGGGUCGGCUCUCAUCAUUCGCACCAUCACGUCACGGUCAAAAAUUACAAAGAGGACGUUGUCAGUAUAACCGAUAUAAAAUUGGAGUCACGUGCUGAGACCAAGUCUUCUUUGAGUGUGGAGUCGGGCAGUUCGGGGGCUGGUCAUUCGAGCCACUCUCGGGGGCUAGCAUGGACGCCCCCCGCCUCUGUGGAGGGCUCCACCCCCACGUGGACCGAAGGUACGCCUUCAUUUACUGAAUCAUCAAGUAGCGGCGAUAUGGGAUGUCCAACAACACCGUUGCGUCAAUCGUCCAACACUUCCAUGAAGGCAGGACAUCACAAACAAACGGUGGAGCAUGCCAUCAACUGUCUCACCUCUGAAAUGGAACAGCUGAAGAAUCGCGUGGACACCGAUUACAAAUGAAAAUGUAGGUGUAAUAGCAGACUGAUCAUCCAUUCAUCACGUUUUGUUUGUUUGUAUUAAAAAAAACGCUUUAAAGGACAAGAAUAUUCUAAAUACGUAGUGGUGUUAUAGUGGUAUUGUCGGGAUUUCUCAUUGGCAAUAAAAUAAUUCAAUCAAAAUCGUGCAUAUCACUAUUACACUGGUGUUUUAGUGUGUAUUACAUUAACUUGGUUUUUAUGAACUAACCAGCUUUGUGUUUAAACAAGUGCCAAUUAUUGCGUUAUUUAUUGUAGCGGAUCGAGCGAAGGUAUUUUUUUAUGCGUUGGCGAAAAUGGUGAUGAAAGAAGUUUAAUAAAAACCAAGUUUUACUCUUAAGUGUUUCCUACUGCUCGCAGUAUUGAAAUGUAAUUACAUUCCAUUCGGUGCAAUUAGGACAAAUUGUAAAAUAUUCCCGCUGCGAAAAAACCUAUGUGUAAAUUGCAAUACUGUGGUUUUGAUUCAUAUCUAAGGCCGUUUGUGCUUUAUUAUUUAUUAUAAUCUUCUCGUAUUUAUUGAUUUGUAAAGGAAGUGGGUUUAGGUCUUUUAUUUUUUACACUGGGUGGGACCGAGUUCGGAUCAAAGCCACACGUUUUAGUUCGAUUUUUACGUAUCUGUGAUAUUAAUUGACUCAUAAUUUUAACGCGAAACAAUACAAAGUUUUAUUAUUUUUGAUUUAAAUUAAUUGCCCACCCGGUGUAAUGCUCCAGUAUUAAGUCCAUCUUUUUAUAUUUUUAUUUAUCGUGUUAAUCAAGUCGUGCACUAUUUUCUGUGUAUUCUGCCUGUAAACAAACAGUUAAUAAUUGUUGUGUACUUACAUACGUAUCGAACUGACCUUCAAACCGCUCUGUUGUCGGACCGAUUUGUUGGUCGGUUUGUAAUUUUUUGCAAAUGAAAUAUUGUGUAUAUGGCUCAGGUAAUUGUGCAUAUUUGUAAAUGUUGGUAGGGUAGUAGCUGAUUAUGGUAUUUGAGUAAUAAUGAUCAUAAUUACUUGAAUAUACGCUUUGGAAUUUGUUGGCAGAAACGAAUUUUUAUAUUAAAUUGUUAUUAGGUAUAUUGUUAGCGAAAAUUUUAAUACUCAUUGUUUUAACUGCUUAGUGGAAUUUUGCUUUAAAAAUAUAAAUAUUUCAACAUU